UUCACCAUUGACUGCUCGAGCACAGACGCGCGCUCCCGUCUACAACUUACACGCGCUCAUUCUGGACUGCAGCUAUAACGGACCACAAACGAAGAACAGAAUGACUAGCGCUUUAAGUUGGCGUUUUGGCUCAUUUCUCCUUAUUGACUUGGUGAUGAUCACAUCAAGCACAGAGACGGGGCAGAAUGCAGCCAUGGAUAUCUUCAGUGAAAAUGUCAUUAUCCCACCCAGGCCAGAGGCAUCCAUACAUCAACAUCAUCAUCACAGGAGACACAGAGAUCACAGAGAGAGGAUAAAAUCAGGUCAGCUCAGAGAGACGCCCCACAUUGUGUUCCACACCCAAAAUGAGCGUCCGGAGCUGGAGAGCCUCCGUCCUGUCCGCUUAGAGAUGGAGCCAGGCGAUAAAAGAAGGGUAAUGAGUGCUAGGACCUUCCUGGGGUUGGAGACCUUAAUUCCAGAGCAAAUGAAUAUAUCUCCAGGUGCUGAGAUCUCAGAGAAGCCGAUGAGACAUCCUACUGGUCACAAGGUGUUUGGAGGACACGUCAUUAUGGAUCGUCAUGAUAAGGAACCAAGGGCAUCGGUUAAGAAACGGAGGGUUUCUUUUGUAAAAAGGCUGAAUAAAGAGAGUCCCACAGAGCCUGUGUUUCCUUCCACCACCUUUGGGUCCUUCACAAGACCGACCCCCACCAGUAAACCUCAGGUCAGAAGUUAUUCAGAUGCGGAUGUGACACCCACUUUAAACAUGGCGUUGUUUGACUGGACAGAUUAUGAAGAUAUGAGACCUGCAGAUAAACAGCUCAAUAAGAGGACAACAAAGUGGAACGCAGACUCGGAUGUACAGCCUAAUAAGAGCACAAGCAGUGAAAAUGUGACUUUUACACCAAAUGAAAAGUGUAAACAUCACCUGGAUUGCCAACUAGGUUCCUGCUGCAAUCUCAGAAAUCACACAUGUGAGAUUCACAACCGCGGCCUCAACAACAAGUGCUAUGACAACUGCAUGUGUGAGGAAGGGCUUCGGUGCUACUCCAAAUUACACAGAAAUGACCACAUCAAGGGCAAAAAGGGACAGUGUGUUGAUCCUGAUGGUGUAAAUUUAAACCAUGGCAUGUUCAUUGUUGUUUAAAUCAGGCAGAUCGAUGUCAUACAGUUGUCCAAGUGCAUGUAAUGUAUUUUUUACUGUACAAUACACACAAACGUCUUUCGUGUUUAUUUUAUUUUGAUUGCCUAUAUAAUUUCCUAAAUUUCUAUAAACUUUGACAAUAACACUUUGGGGGAAAAUAAGACAUAUUUGUAGAAGCAGAUGUACACAGACAUGUACUUGCAUGACCAAUAAAUGAAUGAUUAAUGCAAAUGAAUUGCAUGAAUGAAGUUCUGUAUUAGGCCUACUGUGAUAUGAAAAUACAAUGACCUGUCACUGCAGUUCAAAAUGUGCAACAAAUGUAACAUCAAGGUAUUGCAUGUCAUAAAUAAUGACAGUCAAACAGUGUUAAAUCUUCCGUUAAUAGUUAAGUGUUAAGCUGUGUUAAUUGUUUUUGUGUUAUUAUCAACGAAAAAACAAAAACAUGAUCACAACAGAGCUGUAGGGAACUAAGCGAAUGGAGGGGCUUGCAUGGAGAAAAGUACCAGGGACAUUUCCAUUAUACAUUAUUAAACUUUUAAAUCUUCCUUUUGAAUUAUUCCAACUGGGUUGUGCUGUGCUGAAAUGCUUUUCAUCGUGCCUAUUCAGAGCCAUGGGUUUGUUAUUAUAGGAGAAAUGUUUUGCAGUAUAUUGUGGCAAGUCUAAACAUUGCACCUUACGGCUGUAAAUCGUUUAUAAACAGUAUGUUAAAUAUUAAUACAUAUUGUGUUUUUUUAUUGCAUUAAAAGUUUGUG